CUCAGCAAAGUGAGUUUCCUCACUUGCUUUCUGGCCACUUUGGGCGUCAGAGAACCAUGAAGCUGGCUCUCUGAGUUCCUGCAGGUGACAGUAGAUGCACAAUGGACAGGUCCAACCAGACCUCCCCGGUGGUGGGGUUCAUUCUCCUGGGCCUCUCCGCCCACCCAACGCUGGUGAGCACAUUGUUUGUACUGAUCCUGCUGAUGUACCUGGUGAUCCUGCUGGGCAAUGGGGUCCUCAUCCUGGUGACCGUCCUUGACUCCCGCCUGCACACACCCAUGUACUUCUUCCUGGGGAACCUCUCCUUCCUGGACAUCUGCUACACCACCUCCUCAGUCCCCCUCAUCCUUGACUGCUUCCUGACCCCCAGGAAAAGCAUCUCCUUCUCAGGCUGUGCCGUGCAGAUGUUCCUCUCCUUUGCCAUGGGAGCCACAGAGUGUGUGCUUCUGGGCAUGAUGGCGUUUGAUCGUUACAUGGCCAUCUGCAACCCCCUUAGGUAUCCGGAGAUCAUGAGCAAGUCUGCCUACGUGCCCAUGGCUGCCGGCUCCUGGGCAGCUGGAAGCUGCACUGCCAUGGUGCAGACAUCCCUAGCAAUGCGACUGCCCUUCUGUGGGGACAACAUCAUCAACCACUUCACCUGUGAGAUCCUGGCUGUCCUGAAGUUGGCCUGUGCUGACAUCUCCAUCAAUGUGAUCAGCAUGACAGUGGCCAAUGUGAUCUUCCUGGGGGUCCCAGUUCUGUUCAUCUCUUUCUCCUAUGUGUUCAUCAUUACUACCAUCCUGAGGAUCCCCUCGGCCGAGGGGAGGAAAAAGGCCUUCUCCACCUGCUCUGCCCACCUCACAGUUGUGGUUGUCUUCUACGGGACCAUCCUGUUCAUGUACGGGAAACCGAAAUCCAAGGACCCACUGGGAGCAGACAAACAGGACCUUUCAGACAAGUUUAUCUCCCUCUUCUAUGGGGUGGUGACCCCCAUGCUCAACCCCAUCAUCUACAGCCUGAGGAACAAGGACGUGAAGGCUGCUGUGCGAAACUUGGUAUUCCGCAAACAUUUUGCCCAGUGAUGUUGGGGAAGUUCUGAUGGCUCUUUUCCCUGGUUGCUCUCACCUGAGAAUCUCAGAGGACCAGAUGCAGGGCCAACUGCCUCAGAGGUUACACAGGUAAAUCUGAUUCCACAGGGUGGCUGUUUGUGAAAAGGAAACAUGUUAUGGGACUUUUUUUACAGCAUCCUAUAAGCAAUUCCACAAAAGUUUAUUCCAGUUGGUAAAGCCUUAGAGUUCUCUCUCUGUAAUGUAUAGUGAACAAAUC